UCUACGGAGAUGGUUAAUAGCGGGACUAUGGCUGCCGAGGGUCCGCUCUGGAAAAGGGUCCAGUCGUUCUCUGGUCCGGUUCCCAGGUCCAGACACGGGCACAGAGCGGUUGCGAUUCGGGAGCUAAUCAUUGUGUUUGGAGGAGGGAACGAGGGCAUUGCUGAAGAGUUGCAUGUCUACAACACCGUGUCCAGGCAGUGGUUCCUGCCGGCGGUGCGCGGAGACAUCCCCCCUGGGUGUGCGGCUCACGGGUUCGUCUGCGAGGGCACGAGGGUCCUGGUGUUCGGCGGGAUGGUGGAGUACGGAAAGUACAGCAACAGCCUGUACGAGCUGCAGGCAAGCCGAUGGCUAUGGAAGAAAUUGAAACCUCGCCCCCCGAGGAACGCGCCCCCCCCCUGCCCUCGGCUGGGGCAUAGCUUCACCCUGUGGGGGAACAAGUGCUAUCUUUUCGGGGGGCUGGCCAACGACAGCGAGGACUCCAACGGCAACAUACCCCGGUACUUGAACGACUUCUUCGAGCUGGAGCUGCAGACGUCGUCGGGGGUGAAGGGGUGGAACGUUCCAGAAACGAGGGGCGGGGGGCCCUCGCCCCGCGAGUCCCACACGGCGGUGGUGCACUGCAGCAAGGCCAGCUGCUCCCCGAAACUCUACGUCUUCGGAGGGAUGAGGGGCCAGCGUCUGUCCGACCUCUGGCAGCUGGACCUGGAAACCAUGACCUGGGCAACGCCCGAUACCAAAGGACCGGCCCCUCUUCCAAGAAGCCUUCACUCUGCCAACGUUAUAGGAAACAAGAUGUAUGUGUUUGGAGGCUGGGUGCCAGUGGUGAAUGCAGAGGACCAGAUCAAUGCUGUAGGAACAGAAUGGAUUUGCACCAACUCUGUGUGUGAACUCGACCUCGACACGAUGCAGUGGCAGGCUCUGAGCCCUGAGAGGCAGCAGGAGGAGGGGAAGGCCUGCGGCCCUCGGGCGAGAGCUGGCCACUGCACGGCCUCCAUCGGCUCCCGCAUCUACCUGUGGAGCGGCCGCGACGGUUACCGCAAGAGCUGGAACUACCAGGUGUGCUGCAAGGACCUGUGGUACCUGGAGACCGAGAAGCCCUCGACCCCAGCAGCAGUGUUUCUGGUGAAGGCCACCAUCAGCAUGCUGCACGUGGCGUGGCGCCCCCUACCUGCCGCCGACAGCUACCUCCUCCAACUGCAGCCCGUCGCCCCGUCUCAAUCCUCACCCCUGGGCCUGUCCGACACGCCCACCGACCAGCAGCCAGCCAAUGGCGCAGGCUCGGGGGCGGAGCACGAUGCAACCGCAGUGCAGCCCCAGCCCCUGGACGGCUCGGCCCAGAGGGGAGCCCUGGCAGCGGGGGGAGAGGGCGCCCCUCGUGGGCAGGUUAGCAGAUGGAGCCAGGAGCACGUCAUGAUAACUCUGGAGCCGCGCCUCUCCGCCGGGGAGGAGCGGAGGGGGGACGAGAGCCCCGUGGAGGCGGAGUCCGCCCAGCAGCUCUACCCCCCGGCCGACGACCGGAGGGGGGCCCCCCGAAAGAGCCGCACCCCAGAACGAGUGAUCGUGUGCAAAGAGGAAGGUCAGGAAUACGAGCUCUCCACGGGUGACCCCACAGGUAGCACUAAGCUGUCGGGGAGCGAGUUUGAAGGUGGAUCCCUACAUCAUCCAGACCAGGGGCACGUCACCUCCACCUCGGCUCCUGCUGCGAGCGAGCACUCGAACACGGUGCAUCUGACGGGCGAGAGGUCACAUGACCACACGUGGUACGACGUGGGCGUGUUCAGGACCCUGUUUUCGGAGGUGACGCAGUACUCCCUCCCUCCGGAGAGCACCCAGGGAACGGGGAAAGGCGGGGAGGCGCAGGAUUCGGGGCGGGAGAAGCUGGACCUCACUCCGGGAGUGACCUACAGGUUCCGCGUGGCCGGGAUCAACUCCUGCGGACAGGGAGCCUUCAGCCCCGCCGCCGAGUUCAAGACCUGCCAGCCCGGCUUCCCCGGAGCGCCCUCUGCUGUCAAGAUCACCAAGGCCUCAGGCUCUGCCCACAUCACCUGGGAGUCCCCCGCCUCGCCUUCCGGAAAGAUCCUGGAGUACUCCAUGUACCUAGCGGUGCGGAAGAGCCGGUCCGGCCCGGCAGCAGGGCCCCCGGGGGAGCUGGCCUUCAUCCGGAUCUACCGCGGGACCAAGACCUCCUGCACCGUCACCUCCGCCCACCUCAGCAACGCCCACGUGGACUGCUCCGCCCGGCCCGCCCUGGUGUUCCGCAUCGCCGCCAAGAACGAGCAGGGCUACGGCCCCGCCACGCAGAUCCGCUGGCUGCAGGACACCAGCAAGCUGAAGGCCCCUCAUUCGCACCCGCAACUCGGGGCGACGGACGCCGUCGCCGUGGAUACGCCCAGCAGCUCCACGUCUUGAGGAAAUCCCCAGACCCUAAAAGAGCUUCCAGCCAUCAACCGCAAGGGUGUUUUGAGGGACCAGCGCACAAAACGUGCAAGAAAACCACUAAGAUAGUUUUUAUACUUUAUUUUUUUACAUUAUUGUUUUGUUUGUAAAUAUAUACAUAUAUUUUUUAUCAGGAAUUAGUCCACCUCCCCUCUCCCGAAUUAUCCUUAAGGUUUCCGUUAAACAGACGUGAGUGAACUACUAGUCUGCUUCCGUUUCAUGACUGACCUCUUGUUGCUUUUUUCCUGGAGGACUUUACAUUUCUUGGCAGCUAGUGUUUGUGCCUUAUUAAUAAUGAUGGAUCAUGAGAUUCUAACCCCACCCACACAGUAUGAUUUGAUUGGAGGCUGAGGGUCACCCGUGACUCCUGAUUGAUUUCUGCUGACGCCCCUCCCCUAGGCAGCUACAGUUCUUCAGCCAGACUGUGGCUAACUCACUAAGUUAAACCAGACUAGCCGGCAACUUCCAAAACAGAUCAUUUCCCACAUCAGGUCAAGCAACAGUCUGCUCCUUGACACCCUCAGGACUAAACUCCGUCCAAUGAGGGCCGGUGCCCGGUUGCAUAAAACACCUUAAAGGUACAGUAGGUAAUUUCUGACUUCUAACAGUCAAGAGAGGAAUAGCAGCAACAAACACUUUCAAACCACAACACUGUUUAUCCCUCCUCCUUUUCUGUAAAUGCACUGAUGUUGAAACGCCAUUGGCUGUGGAAAUUACAACCUUUUUUUAACUAAUGAGCUUGGAAUUAUUGUACAGUUGUUGUACAUGUUUUGGUAAGGAGUGUUGGGCCGUCAACUGUACAGGCUCAUCUAAAAAGAGUAGAAUAUUGUGGAAACGUUUUCUUUUCAUUCAAAAAGUGAAACUUUCAUAUAUUCUAGAUUCAUUACACAUAAAGUGAAAUAUUUCGAGCCUUUUUUUGUUUUAAUCUUUGUCAAAAAUCCAAUAUCUCAAAAUAUUUGAAUACUACAGACCAAUCAAAAAAAGGAUUUAUAAUACAGAAAUGUCAACCUUAUGAAAAGUGUGUUCAUUUCUGCACUCAAUACUUAGCCAGGGCUCCUUUUGCACAAAUUACUGCAUCAAUGCGGCGUGGCAUGGAGACAAUCAGCCUGUGGCACUGCUGAGGUGUUAUGGAAGCCCAGAUUGCUUGGAUAGCGGCCUUCAGCUCGUCUGUAUUGUUGGGACUGGUGUCUCGAAUCUGCCUCUUGACAAUACCCCAUAGAUUCUCUAUGGGGUUCAGGUCAGGCGAGUUGGCUAGACAAUCAAGCACAGUAAUACCAUGGUCAGCAAAUCAGUUACUAGUAGUUUUGGCACUGUGGGCAGGUGCCAAGUCCUGCUGCGAAAGGAAAUCAGCAUCUCCAUAAAGCUUGUCAGCAGAUGGAAGCAUGAAGUGCUCUAAAAUCUCCUGGUAGACAGCUGCGUUGACUCUGGACUUGAUAAUACAGUGGACCAACACCAGCAGAUGACAUGGCACCCCAAAUCAUUACUGACUGGAAACUUCACACUGGACUUCAAGAAUCGUGGAUGCUGUGCCUCUCCACUCUUCCUCCAGACUCUGGGACCAAAUGAAAUGCAAAAUUGACUUUCAUCUGAAAAGAGGACUUUGGACCACUGAGCAACGGUCCAGUUCUUUUGCUCCUGAGCCCAGGUAAGACGCUUCUGACAUUGUCUUUGGUUCAGGAGUGGCUUGACACUAGGAAUGCAACACUUAUAGCCCAUUUCCUGGAUGCGUCUGUGCGUGGUGGCUCUUGAUGCACUGACUCCAGCCUCAGUCCACUCCUUGUGAAGCUCCCCCAAGUUCUUGAAUCGGCUUUGCUUGGCAGUCCUCUCCAGGCUGCAGUCAUCCCUGUUGCUUGUGCACGUUUUCCCUUCUAGUCAACUUUCCAUGAAUAUGCUUUGAUACAGUGCUCUGCGUACAGCCAGCCCUUUAAGCAAUGACCUUCUGUGGCUUACCCUCCUUGUGGAGGGUGUCAAUGAGUGUCAAGUCAGCAGUCUUCCCCAUUACAUUUACAUUUUUGUCAUUUGGCAGACGCUUUUAAUCCAAAGCGACUUACAAGUGCAUAGGUUCUACCAUAAGUCAAAGCAUCAGAUCCAGAACUAGCAAAAUACACAUGAAAUGCUGUUCUAAACAUAGUCGUCAUCAUAAGUGCAAAUUUUUAUUUAUUUAUUUUUAAAUUUUGGGGGGGGUUAGACAAGGAUAGGGAUAUCAGAGAGGAGGGGCAGGGGAAAUCAGGAGGGAGGACUAAGGUAGAGUUUGAAAAGGUGGGUUUUGAGUCUGCGUCGAAAUAGGGGGAGGGAUUCUGCUGUUCUGACAGUGGUAGGCAAGUCAUUCCACCACUGAGGAACCAGAACGGAAAACAGGCGUGAACGUGCAGCUCGACCGCCAGGUGCACGUAGAGAAGGAACCAUAAGGCGACCAGAGCUGGCAGACCGGAUUGGUCUAGCUGGGGAGUAGGGAGUGAUCAAGGAUUGUAUGUAAGGUGGGGCAGUCCCCUUAGCAGCCUGAAAUGCCAACACUAGGGCCUUAAAAGGGAUGCGUGUGGCAAUAGGAAGCCAGUGGAGGCCAAUGAGAAGCGGGGUGACAUGAGCCGACCUGGGCUGACUGGUGAUCAAGCGGGCUGCAGCAUUCUGGACCAGCUGGAGGGGGUUGAUGGAACACGCUGGGAGACCGGCUAGGAGGGAGUUGCAGUAAUCCAGGCGGGAAAUGACGAGUGCCUGGACUAGGAGCUGGGUGGCUUUCUCAGUCAGGCGAUGACGGAUACGGCGUAUAUUAUACAGAAAGAACCUACAGGUUCUGGCAGUGGAGGAUACUUGUGGAGCCAGGGUGAGGCAGUUAUCAAGAGUCACCCCAAGAUUCUUUGCCGUACGGGAGGAGGAAACUACAAAGUCCUCAACAGUCAAUGAGAGGUCGAUUGACGGAGAGGACUUAGCAGGGAUGUAGAGAAGCUCAGUUUUGGCAAGGUUGAGCUUCAGGUGGUGGGAAGUCAUCCAUGCAGAGAUAUCAGCCAAGCAGGCAGAGAUCCGUGUGGUGACUUGGGUGUCGGGGAGGAAGGAAAUGAAGAGUUGGGUGUCAUCAGCGUAAGGAUGAUAAGAAAAGCCAUGGGAAGAGAUAACAGAACCUAGAGACAUGGUGUAUAGCGAGAAGAGGAGAGGCCCAAGAACUGAGCCCUGCGGGACUCCAGUUCAUGAUUGCCCGUCCAAGUAUUGAGUGCAUAAAUUAACAUACAUAAAUGUCGACCUUCUGAAAAGUAUUAUAAAUCCUUUUUUUGAUUGGUCUUAUGUAAUAUUCUAAUAUUUUGAGACACUGGAUUUGUGACUUUCGUGAGCUGUAAGCAGUAAUCCAUCCAUCCAUCCAUUAUCUGAACCCGCUUAUCCUGAACAGGGUCGCAGGGGGGCUGGAGCCUAUCCCAGCAUACAUUGGGCAAAAGGCAGGAAUACACCCUGGACAGGUCGCCAGUCCAUCACAGGGCACUCACACGUUCAUACCCACGGGCAAUUUAGACUCUCCAAUCAGCCUAACCUGCAUGCAUUUGGACUGUUGGAGGAAACCGGAGUACCCUGAGGGAACCCACACGAACACGGGGAGAACAUGCAAACUCCACACAGAGGCCCCGGCCGAGCGGGAUUCGAACCCAGGACCUCCUUGCUCUGAGACGGCAGUGCUACCCACUGCACCAUCCGUGUAAUAUCGUUUAAGUGUAAUGUCCCCUUAAGGUUUCUUUUUAAGUUUCCCUUAAGUUUGAGUGUUACAGAACAACCCUUUAAGUGUCAGAAUUAAGGGUAACUCUUCAGGUGUUUCAUGCGACUGGCAUGGGCCUUCGGCUCUGCCACGCCCAGUCUGUGGAAUUCUCUCCCUGACCACUUGAGGACGCCCCAGUCACAGCUGUUCCAAAACCUGCCUGAAAACCACGCCUUUAUAGGAAAGCUUUCCGUCAGCUGUAGCCCCCACCCCCACCCCACUGUCUCUCCUGUGUCAGUAUGUCCUUGUAGUGUUGUCCCUGUUUAUUUUAAUUCUUUGUGCACAUUUGAGGUCUCUUUCCUGUAGCACCAUGAGAUUUUAUUUUAAAUUCAAUGUAUCUCUAUUAUUACCAUUUCCAUGCCAUUUCAGUUACAGUCUCUGUGGCCGGAAUAAUAUUCUCAUUUAUUUCUGUAUAUUAAAUCGCGAACAUCAAAUUAUAAUGUUCUGUUAUAAAUGUUGUUUAUAGGGCGAUUUGAUAGGAUUUUGAUCUUGUAAAUUCAAUUAUGUAUAGGGUGUCUGUCAUAAGCUUUGAAGCUCAAUAUCUCAAUGACUCAAAAUGCAGAUAGAACCUUAUAAUUCCAAAGUCAGGAAAUGUAUUCAGUCUGCGAAAAUAGAAACGCAAAAAAAUAAAUAAACCUGGUACAGUUCAACAGUUCCAAUUUCUGUUUGUGCAAUGGAUUUAUAUUUGGUAAUAUGUUCUAUUGUUGUAGCGGUCUCUAAAGUUCAUUACAAACAUGUGUAGCUGUAAUUAACUGUGCCUGUAGUUUGUCAUUUUUAAGUCUGUGUCCAUGUUGCAUAGUCGUAUGGGUACUUAUGAUCAUUGUGACACUUUUCCUGCACAUAAAACAAAGGGGAAAAGUA